GGGGGCCUUGGUGGUCUCUGGGAACGUGACGGUGGACAUGGACUUCCUGCGGGCCGGCGUGGAGGUCAGCUUUGAGACGGAGGCGUCACUGGACUUCAUCACCACCGUGCAGUUCUCUGAAUACCCCUUCCUGGUGUGCAUGCAGAUGGACAAGGCUACCUUCCCUGUCAGUGAAUCUGUGUCCACGUACGAGAGCGUGUCUUCAGGGAGGAGCGUCACGUCCCGCAGGAGCAGGAAGCAGCUCCUCCCCGGCUCGGAGUUCCCUCUCCAUCAGCAGAACUCCAACAUGUGCAAAAAGGUGUUCGACUCCAGCUGGUAGACAGGACUGUGAACCGUCGCCAUCUUUCAGGGAAAGAUGAAACCCUUUAUUCCUCAGGGAGUGACAGGUCACGACGAGCAAACGUGGACAAUGUCUUUUCCUAAAGCAACGUUUUAUUUAAGUGAUUUUAAUUCAAUGUUUGGUUUCAAAUUGGGAAUUAUUGACUUGUGUUUUGAAGGAUUUCUUCAAAAACUGUAUUUAUGAUGAGCACAAAGUGUAAUGUAUAUUUUGGUAUGUAAUACUCAUCAUAAGUUCAAUUAGUGACUUAUCAUCACGGUUGAAGAGGAUCUUGUAAAUAUUACCUGGAGUGAGAGCAGGACCGGCCCCGAUCCAACAAAACUCUGUUUUUUUUUUUAUAUUUAAAUG